UACUUUCGGCCCGGAUUGUAACAAUGUAAACAAUGGCUCAAGUUAAAGAAACAAUUAACAUUUUAGUCAAUAUAUUACAGCUAAAUGGAUUUUCUAAAUGCAAACCAGAGUAUUUUAGGCUUGCCAAAUUCGACAACAAUGAGACGGUAGAGCAAUUUUGGAACAUGCUAUUUGAAAUGACCCUAUUUCUACAAUAUGGACAGUCAUCGACCUCCCCGUAUUAUACACACAGAGAGUGUAGUAAAGAUGUAAAAGUAAGAUUAACAAAAAGGUCCCUGCAGGAUAUGGGAUACCUGUCACCCCAAUUUUCUAGUCUUCCAGCUGAUAUGACCUACGGAAGUCGAGAACUGUUGUUGGCAUUUGCUUGGGUCUUGACUACACAAAGGGUCAUGGAUCACAUCGUGGAAGUUUCUUCGUCACCCCUGGAGAAAUGUUUCCCAUCAUCAACAGGGGCACAGAAAUCCAGAGACAGAAGAAUGCCGGAUCAUUUGUCUGUGUGCAAGAGGCUUCAGAGACAUCAGCUUCUGAAUGGCAAACUGCACUUGACACUCAAACACAUGUUUGCCCUGCAUAGAGAGAGCUGUAGGCUUCAACACAAGGUGCAUACAUGUACAGAGGGCGUGUCUGUUACCCCUGUCCUGCCCCACCUGAGACCAGGGGAAGUGUACCUGCUUCAACACCCCCAACAUCUUAAUACAAUGCUCGAAGCUUUUGAAAAAGAGAUCAAAAUGUUGAACUAUGUGAUAUUGUGGAAAGAACAUGAACAUAAUUUCUGGAAAUGGAUGGAGAGUGUGUUAGCGCUGAAGUUGCAAGAGCAGGCCCAGGCCAGUAGGGCCUCUCUAGUUCACUACAACAUCAGCCGUUCGGACCUUCCAAAUCUAGCUCAGACGAGGCGUCAGUUAGAGACUUGUAUCCUGCAGCUGGAACCAGUUAUCUCUCACCUGGAAGACCUCUGGUUUUGUAAGCAAAAAGAAAUGCACAUGUCAGACGCUGAAAGGCUGGCAUACACUGUGAACGUUGAGCUGAACGCUCGGCAACAGACGAUAGGCAUCUCGCCUGCAUCCAUCAACCACCAGCUGACAGGCCGUCCAGUAUUUGUACAUGCUAAACCAGAGCCUAAGCAGGUCAACAGGGUGUUUAUACCAGAGUUACAGAAAACUGAAAGUGUCGGAGAAUUUGUGAACAUUGAAACAGAAAUUGCUAAAUUUCAAUCAGAGAUUAAUGUGCUAGAACUUGUGAUAGAAUCAAAAGAAAGGUUUUAUAAACAGAAACUAGACUCUCUAGCAGCCAGAGUUCCUAAUUCUAUAUGCAUCCAACCAAGAUAAUUUUGAAAUAUAUUGUUAAAGUAU